AUGGGCGCGAUGAACAGCAUCGAGGUCUUCACCGCCGAGGAGCAAUCGUAUGCAAUCGUCGGCGGCGGCGCUCGAAUUGGCGAUCUGAACCCAGCCCUCGCGGCAGCAGGAUACAGAACCACAACAGGCGUCUGCGAAUGCGUUGGCCUCGCCGGCCUAGCCCUUGGCGGUGGCCACGGCCGCCUCCAAGGCCAGUACGGGCUCGUGGCCGACCAAACCCUCUCCACGCGUCUCGUCCUCGCUAAUGGCAGCAUCGUCACCGCAUCCGCUACCUCACAUCCCGACCUCUUCUGGGCGCUUCGCGGCGCCGGUCAUUACUUCGGUAUCGUCACUGAAUUCAAGCUGAAGAUUUACCCUGCCGCCGGCCACGAAAGUUGGGCGAUCUCGAUCAACACCUUCCCCGGCUCCCGCCUUGAGGAAGUGUGUUCCACCGUCAACACCAUCGUCGAGCACCAGCCUGCCGAAGCGGUACACAUGUCCAUGAUAAGCCUGAACCCAGCCAUUUCCACCACGGACCCCAUAAUAACAUACAUCGCCUUCUACGACAGCCCCGCCUCCGCCCUCGCCGCACACAUCGAACCCCUCAUCGCCCUGCAACCGCUCAGCACGACAUCCGAAGUCGUCCCCUACACCGCCCUCUCCAAAUUCCUCCUCUCCUCCGCCGACGCCGUAGCUUGCUGGCCGAACGCUGCAAGCCUCCUGCGCUUCCCGGUCGAUUUCCACACGCCGUACAACAUCAGCGCCAUGCGCCAGGUCUAUGAUCUCAUGGCGCGGACGUUCCGAGAGACGCCGGCGCUGAACCAGACGUGGCUCGCGAUCGAAGGAUACUCAGAUCAGGCUGUGCGGAGCGUGCCUGAUGAGGAGACAAGUUUCCCCUGGCGGGGGGAUAAUUUGUUGAUCUCGCCGUUUGUGAUUUACGGGGCUGGGGAGAGGGGCCUGGAUGGGAAGGCGAGGGAGUUCGUGGAGGGCAUCCGUAAGAUUCUGAACGCGGGAGCCGGAAGGAAACCGGAGGAACUGCAUGCGUAUGUGAAUUAUGGGAAUGGGCGGGAGAAGGGCGGGAUGGGGAGAUUGGGAUCCGGAAAAGAGGUUUUCGUGGUAUUUGCCUAUUGA